AUGUUCGAUGAGCAAUUUUACACGGGGCAAACAAAGAUAAGUCUGAAGGAAUUGGCUAGUAUUAAACGAAAGUUUAGUGAGCCAAUUGAUGACUAUCUGAAUAGGUUUCGAUUACUCAAAGUUAGGUGUUUUACGCAAGUACCAAAGCAUGAACUGGUUGAAAUGGGCGUUUGGGGCCUUGACUAUCGUAUUAGGAAGAAGUUAGAUACCCAGUAUUUGAGAGAUAUGGCUCAACUGACCGAAAGGGUUCGACAGUUAGAAUGCUUGAAGGAAGAAAAGGCUAGAGAAUAUAAGAAUAAAAGAGUAGCCUACAUCGAUUUCAGCAAUGAUGACGAAGGAUCCUAUAAUGGGCCUUUAGACUUCGAUGAAAAUGAAGUCGACCUUGCUGAGUUGAAGCAAGGGGCGCCUUAUGCGUGUAAGGUCUUGGCCCCGUCGAAUGGAAAAAAUCCUAUUAAACCAGAAAAGAAUGAUAAAUUUACUAAGAAAAAUUACACUUUCAACGUUACAAAAUGUGACGAAAUCUUAGAUUUGUUAGUUAAGGAUGGUCAAAUGAUAAUUCCUCCAGGUGCUAAAGUGCCUCCUUUAGAACAAAGAAAGAAAAGAGGGUUUUGCAAGUACCAUAGUUUUCUUGAUCAUAAAAUAUCUCAAUGUUUUCUUUUUAGGGAUCUUAUUCAGAAUGCUAUCCAAGAAGGGAGACUCAAGUUUGGUGACAAACCUAGGAGCCAGAUGAAUAUCGAUUCUAAUCCUCUGCAAAUGGCUGAUGCCCACUAUACGGAGCCAGAGGAAGUAAACAUGGUCAAAGUCACUGAUGAUUUCGACAUGACUAAAGUCACUGAGGACUUCGUCAAUGAACCUAUCAUGGUUAUGGUUUUUGAGCAUCUUGAUCAGGAAUUCUUUAAUGACUUCAUUUAG